AUUUGAUGUCGUUGAAGCGUUUACUCGAAAAUCCCACUGCCCUUGUUGUGUAGGCCUAAAUGUACAGAAUACAGCAGUGCGUUGUGGCUCUGUGUUAGAAGCUGGCAUACUGCAGGACACACCUUUUUUAAACCAGCAGAUAUCCUACAAGUUGGCUUCGUUUCAUAACUCUGGUAAUUACUGGUAAUAAUUUCAAGGCGGGACCGGAACCGUGUCAUGGAAAAGCUACGCUCCAAACUGCUGGAAAAUGACGUGGAUAACAUCAAGAAAUUGGGAGAUGUCCUUCGUGACAUGGACCGUAACAACGACAGUGUCUUGUCUCCCAGCGAGCUGGCAGAUGGCAUCAAGAAUCUGGGACUUGAGAUGACGGAGGAGGAGGUCAUGGAGAUCUUUACUGAGCUGGAUAAGGACGAGUCCAAGACGUUGGACUUGCAGGAGUUCUUCGUGGCUGUCAGGGGCUGCUUGUCUGAGGCGAAACUAGAUGUCUGCAUGAAAGCAUACAAGAAGCUGGACAAGGACGACAGCGGGGUGAUCGACAUCAACGACUUGAAAGACGGCUACGACUUCAAAGGGGCUGCGCGUAGCGUCAUGACGCACGAGGAGGCUGCCCAGCGAUUUCUGUUGAUGUUCGACAGCAAUAAAGAUGGAAAGGUCACGAAGGAGGAGUUUUUGAAUUACUACGCGGGGAGGUCUCGCAUGUCAGAUGACAAGUUUGUCAAGUUCGUGUCAGCGACGUGGAAGCUGUAAUGAAGACCAUGUUUUUUUUUAAUGGACGCACCAGACAUGCCCUGUGCAAACUUUUUUAUCGUAGUACGCCAAGACUUUAAUGAAUCUUAUUGAAUUAAAUAUUAAAACCCGUAUAUUUUUUUUAUUGGGAAAUUAUGAAGUAUUUCAUUUGCAUGUUUGUCAAGUACAUAGGGUGUGAUGGCGAGAAUUUUAUGGACGUAUACUUGCCCCUCUUUUAUCACUCUUGGUUUUUUUAUCGUAGGACCCUAUCCCUCAUGAAAUCUCAUUCAAUUAAAUUUUAAGACCUAUACUCGUUAAUUGGAAAUUAGAGGGAUUUAUUUUUAAAGCAUAAACCUAUGCAAUUAUACGCAAACCCAGCAUUGUUCCACAGCAUUUUGCACUGCAUGGGAAAUCGUCCUCAUAAACGAGAUGUACUUUGGGUGACCAAUCAGCCAGAACGACGAAUAGUAUUAUUGAUCAGAAAAAAAGUUGCCGAUGAUGAAAGAAAGUUACCGAUUGUGACGAAGGAAAAUGGGAGCAUUGUGUAGAUUAUACACAACGUUCGUUGCACCCAAACGUCCUUGAAUGAUUUAUCGUGCAUUAUUGUACACAAAUACGUUAUAUUUCUGUGUGUCAAAUAUGAUCCUCGUCAACAAGGACAAAGAUCACACAAUGGUAUCUGCACGUCUCACUUUGAAACAACGAAGAUAUUUUUCUUCUUGUGGAAAUUACUUCAUGUUUAUCCUUCAUUUUUAUAACCUACUUAUUGACGAAUGAAAUCACAUAUAGAUUGUGUUCUGUUUCAUAAUUCCCUGGUAUUUUAACUGUAUUUAUUGAUUAAGUUACCCUUUUCGGUUUAUUAAGCAGCAUAUUUAUUUCAAUAAUUUAAACAUUUUUAACAUAUCUACUUCUGGUUUGUUCAUGUACUUCUUUUUGAUACAAACGGGUGUUGGUGACAUAAAAUUUGACGGCACGUACGAAUUCGAAAUUUCCAACGGUUUUUUUUUUAAGUCCACUAUUUUUGUACUAGAGGGAUGCCGUGCUCUGCGCGGCACCCGCUCGCUGGUGGAGUCAUUAAUGUUUACUUUGACCUUAAUUUGCAUGUUGACCCCAAGUGGGCGUGGUAAAGCUCGGUGAAGCAAUUUUGCCACAUUUGUCAUCAUCAACGUUGUGUUUUGCGUAAUAGCGAUACGUUUGGAGUGUUUUUGUAAUGUAGGCCUAAUAUGUAAAUAUUCAAAGUCUCAACAAAACACAUUUGCCAAAGAGGCAAAAUAAACAAAAUACAUCAUGUUUGUUCACGUGCCAACCAUGACGUCAGAGGACAGUGAGAUCGAAGCUUAGGACCUGCAUGUACCUUUCCAUUAACCCUUGGAUUUUCCGCACAGGCCUUGGGUUUUU